UGGGCCGGCGCCGGGGGCGCCGUUUCCUUCCCCCGCGCACGUCCGCGCGCCCGGGCCUCCACAUCGUCGCUAACGGAGCGUUGCGGCGCCGGCGGCCCCUGGCGAGCCCGGGGCAGUACAGUGACCAGGCCGGCCCGGGCCCACCGCGCGGCCUCCGCCGUUUCGGGCUGUGCUGGGUGGAAGAUUAGGCUCCCCGGCACGCCGUCCCCGCCGAGAGGCCACAGCUCCGUGGCAGCGCCCUCGCCCUUCCAGCCGGCUCGAGGGUGGUCGCCAGGGCGCGAUAAAGGAAUGUGAGACAGUGGUUAGCGCUCCAGCCGCUCCGAGGGAAGCCAGGCAGCGUUACGCUGAAUUCUCCGGCUGUAGAGAUUGGAGGAAGACAGGAGAAAUUCGUCUCUAAGCUGUAAGCGUGUUCUGAAGACGAAGGGGAGCUCCCUAGUGCUACGGGGCUGUUUCAGGAAGCCAAUUAAUUUUGCACACGUAAUACUUAUUACCUUCUAAUAAUUGGAACAGAAGAUGAACCCAACUAAUCCUUUCAGUGGGCAGCAGGCUAGUGCUUUUUCAGCGUCUUCUAGUAAUGUAGGAACACUUCCAUCUAAGUCACCAUUUCGAUUUGGUCAACCUUCUCUUUUUGGACAAAACAGUACCUUAUCUGGGAAGAGCUCGGGAUUUUCACAGGUGUCCAGCUUUCCAGCGUCUUCCGGAGUAAGUCAUUCCUCUUCAGUGCAAACAUUAGGGUUCACCCAGUCCUCAAGUGUUGGACCCUUUUCUGGACUUGAGCACACUUCCACCUUUGUGGCUACCUCUGGGCCUUCAAGUUCAUCUGUGCUGGGAAACCCAGGAUUUAGUUUUAAAUCACCCACCAGUGUUGGGGCUUUCCCAAGCACUUCUGCUUUUGGACAAGAAGCUGGAGAAAUAGUGAACUCUGGUUUUGGGAAAACAGAAUUCAGCUUUAAACCUCUGGAAAAUGCAGUGUUCAAACCAAUACUGGGGGCUGAAUCUGAGCCAGAGAAAACCCAGAGCCAAAUUGCUUCUGGGUUUUUCACGUUUUCCCACCCAAUUAGUGCACCUGGAGGCCUGGCCCCAUUCUCUUUUCCUCAAGUAACAAGUAGUUCAGCUACCAAUUCAAAUUUUACCUUUUCAAAACCUGUUAGUAGUAAUAAUUCAUUAUCUGCCUUUACCCCUGCUUUGUCAAACCAAAAUGUAGAGGAAGAGAAGAGAGGACCUAAGUCAAUAUUUGGAAGUUCUAGUAAUAGCUUCAGUAGCUUCCCUGUAUCAUCUGCGGUUUUGGGCGAACCUUUCCAGGCUAGCAAAGCAGGUGUCAGGCAGGGGUGUGAAGAAGCUGUUUCCCAGGUGGAACCACUUCCCAGCCUAAUGAAAGGAAUGAAAAGGAAGGAGGAUCAGGAUCGCUCCCCAAGAAGACAUGGCCACGAGACAGCAGAAGAUUUGGAUCCUCUGUCCCGGGGUGAUCAUCCUCCAGACAAACGACCUGUCCGCCUGAAUCGACCCCGGGGAGGUACUUUAUUUGGUCGGACGAUACAGGAUGUUUUCAAAAGCAAUAAGGAAGUAUGUCGUCUGGGCAACAAGGAGGCCAAAAAGGAAAUUGGCUUUGUUGAGUCUGGAGAAAGUGACCACAUGGCUAUCCCAGGAGGGAGUCAGUCUGUCCUGGCACCUUCCCGGAUUCCAGGUGUGAAUAAAGAGGAAGAAACUGAAAGUAGAGAGAAGAAAGAAGAUUCUCUAAGAGGAACUCUGGCGCGUCCGAGUAACAGAAGCGAGAGCACAGACAGUCUUGGGGGCUUGUGUCCCUCUGAAGUCACAGCCAUCCAGUGCAAGAACAUCCCCGACUACCUCAACGACAGGACCAUUCUGGAGAACCAUUUCGGCAAAAUUGCCAAAGUGCAGCGCGUCUUUACCAGGCGCAGCAAAAAGCUGGCAGUGGUACAUUUCUUUGAUCAUGCAUCUGCAGCCCUGGCUAGAAAGAAGGGGAAAAGUUUGCAUAAAGACAUGGCUAUCUUUUGGCACAGGAAGAAAAUAAGCCCCAAUAAGAAACCCUUUUCCCUGAAGGAGAAGAAACCAGGUGAUGGUGAAGUCAGCCCGAGCACAGAGGAUGCACCCUUUCAGCACUCUCCUCUUGGCAAGGCCGCAGGGAGGGCUGGUGCUAGCAGCCUCCUGAAUAAAAGCUCUCCAGUGAAGAAGCCAAGUCUUCUAAAGGCCCACCAAUUCGAGGGAGACUCUUUUGACUCAGCCUCUGACGGCUCUGAGGGCCUCGGGCCAUGUGUGCUGUCCCUCAGUACCCUGAUAGGCACUGUGGCUGAGACGUCCAAGGAGAAGUACCGCCUGCUUGACCAGAGAGACAGGAUCAUGCGGCAAGCUCGGGUGAAGAGAACCGAUCUGGACAAAGCGAGGACUUUUGUUGGGACCUGCCUGGAUAUGUGUCCUGAGAAGGAGAGGUACAUGCGGGAGACCCGUAGCCAGCUGAGUGUAUUCGAAGUGGUCCCAGGGACUGACCAGGUGGACCACGCAGCAGCCGUGAAAGAGUACAGUCGGUCCUCGGCGGAUCAGGAGGAGCCCCUGCCCCACGAGCUGCGGCCCUUGCCAGUGCUCAGCAGGACCAUGGACUACCUGGUGACCCAGAUCAUGGACCAGAAGGAGGGCAGCCUGCGCGACUGGUACGACUUCGUGUGGAACCGCACGCGUGGCAUACGGAAGGAUAUCACACAGCAGCACCUCUGCGACCCCCUGACGGUGUCCCUGAUUGAGAAGUGCACCCGGUUUCACAUCCACUGUGCCCACUUCAUGUGUGAGGAGCCCAUGUCCUCCUUUGAUGCCAAGAUCAAUAAUGAGAACAUGACCAAGUGCCUGCAGAGCCUGAAGGAGAUGUACCAGGACCUGAGAAACAAGGGCGUCUUCUGUGCCAGCGAAGCGGAGUUCCAGGGCUACAAUGUUCUGCUCAGUCUCAACAAGGGAGACAUCCUAAGAGAAGUACAACAGUUCCAUCCUGCUGUUAGAAACUCCUCCGAGGUGAAAUUUGCUGUUCAGGCUUUUGCUGCAUUGAACAGUAAUAAUUUUGUGAGAUUUUUCAAACUGGUCCAGUCAGCUUCUUACCUGAAUGCUUGUCUUUUACACUGUUACUUCAGUCAGAUCCGCAAGGAUGCUCUCCGGGCGCUCAACUUCGCGUACACGGUGAGCACACAGCGAGCCACCGUCUUUCCCCUGGAUGGCGUGGUGCGCAUGCUGCUGUUCAGAGACUGCGAAGAGGCGACCGACUUCCUCACCUGCCAUGGCCUCACCGUUUCCGACGGCUGUGUGGAGCUGAACCGGGCCGCAUUCCUGGAACCAGAGGGAUUAUCCAAGACCAGGAAGUCGGUGUUUAUUACCAGGAAGCUGACGGUGUCGGUUGGUGAAAUUGUGAACGGAGGGCCCUUGCCCCCCAUUCCUUGUCACACCCCUGUGUGCAGCUUCAACUCCCAGAACAAGUACAUCGGGGAGAGUCUGGCCGCGGAGCUGCCCGUCGGCACCCAGAGACCCGGCUCGGACACAGUGGGUGGAGGGAGAGGAGAGGAGUGUGGUGUAGAGCCGGACACACCCCUGCCCGGUCUCCCACAGUCUCUACCAGCCCUUGCACCCUCGCCAGUGCCUCUGCCUCCUGUCCUGGCACUGACCCCGUCUGCGGCACCCAGCCUCUUCCAGCUCUCCGUGCAGCCUGAGCCGCCACCUCCAGAGCCUGUGCCCAUGUACUCUGACGAGGACCUGGCGCAGGUGGUGGACGAGCUCAUCCAGGAGGCUCUGCAGAGGGACUGUGAGGAAGUCGGCUCUGCGGGCGCUGCCUACGCAGCUGCUGCCCUGGGUGUUUCUAAUGCUGCUGUGGAGGAUUUGUUAACAGCUGCAACCACGGGCAUUUUGAGGCACAUUGCAGCUGAAGAAGUGUCUAAGGAAAGGGAGCGAAGGGAGCAGGAGAGGCAGCGGGCUGAAGAAGAAAGGUUAAAACAAGAGAGAGAGCUGGUGUUAAGUGAGCUGAGCCAGGGCCUGGCGGUGGAGCUGAUGGAACACGUGAUGAUGGAGUUUGUGAGGGAAACCUGCUCCCAGGAGUUGAAGGGGGGGGGGUGGGGCGUGCGGCGCGUGGGGGGGGCGCCGGUGGCGCCGUCUGUGGAGGACGUCUGUGCCCAUCUAGUGGGACUUGUUCUCUCGUGGGAGGAAAUCUUCCAGGCUGCAAAGGAGACCCUCCAGGCCAUUCAAUGCUUCUGCCAGUAUCUACAGCGGUGGAGGGAAGCUGUCGCAGCCCGCAAGAAACUGAGGCGCCAGAUGCGGGCUUUCCCUGCUGCACCCUGCUGCGUGGACGUGAGCGACCGGCUGAGGGCGCUGGCACCCAGUGCAGAGUGCCCCAUUGCUGAGGAGAACCUGGCCAGGGGCCUCCUGGACCUGGGCCACGCAGGGAGAUUGGGCAUCUCCUGCACCAGGUUGAGGCGGCUCAGAAACAAGACGGCUCACCAGAUGAAGGUUCAGCACUUCUACCAGCAGCUGCUGAGUGAUGUGGCGUGGGCGUCUCUGGACCUGCCGUCCCUUGUGGCUGAGCACCUCCCUGGGAGGCAGGAGCAUGUGUUUUGGAAGCUGGUGCUGGUGCUGCCGGAUGGAGAGGAGCAGUCCCCAGAGAGUCGUGGCAGAAUUCUGGCAAAUUGGUUAAAAGUCAAGUUCAUGGGAGAUGAAGGCUCAGUGGAUGACACAUCCAGCGAUGCUGGUGGGAUUCAGACGCUUUCGCUUUUCAACUCGCUUAGCAGCAAAGGGGAUCAGAUGAUUUCUGUUAACGUGUGUAUAAAGGUGGCCCAUGGCGCCCUCAGUGAUGGUGCCAUCGAUGCUGUGGAGACACAGAAGGACCUCCUGGGAGCCAGUGGGCUCAUGCUGCUGCUUCCCCCCAAAAUGAAGAGUGAGGACGUGGCAGAGGAGGACGUGUACUGGCUGUCGGCCUUACUGCAGCUCAAGCAGCUCCUGCAGGCCAAGCCCUUCCAGCCUGCACUUCCUCUGGUGGUUCUUGUGCCUAGCCCAGGAGGGGACGCCGUUGAGAAGGAAGUGGAAGAUGGUCUGAUGCUACAGGACUUGGUUUCAGCUAAGCUGAUUUCAGAUUACACUGUUACUGAGAUCCCUGAUUCCAUUAAUGAUCUACAAAGUUCAACUAAGGUUUUGCAAGCGGUGCAGUGGCUGGUUUCCCACUGCCCCCAUUCCCUUGACCUUUGCUGCCAGACCCUCAUUCAGUACGUCGAAGAUGGGAUUGGCCAUGAGUUUAGUGGCCGCUUUUUCCAUGACAGAAGAGAGAGGCGUCUGGGCGGUCUCACGUCGCAGGAGCCUGGCGCCAUCAUUGAGCUGUUUAACAGUGUGCUGCAGUUCCUGGCUUCCGUGGUGUCGUCCGAACAGCUGUGUGAUCUGUCUUGGCCUGUCACUGAGUUUGCUGAGGCAGGGGGCAGCCGGCUGCUUCCUCACCUGCACUGGAAUGCCCCAGAGCACCUGGCGUGGCUGAAGCAGGCUGUGCUUGGGUUCCAGCUUCCGCAGAUGGACCUUCCUCCCCUGGAGGCCCCUUGGCUCCCCGUGUGCUCCAUGGUUGUCCAGUACGCCUCCCAGAUCCCCAGCUCACGCCAGACACAGCCUGUCCUCCAGUCCCAGGUGGAGAACCUGCUCCGCAGAACCUACUGUAGGUGGAAGAGCAAGAGCCCCUCCCCAGUCCAUGGGGCAGGCCCCUCGGUCAUGGAGAUCCCAUGGGAUGACCUCAUCGCCUUGUGUAUCAACCACAAGCUGAGAGACUGGACGCCCCCCCGGCUUCCUGUUACAUCAGAGGCACUGAGUGAAGAUGGUCAGAUAUGUGUGUAUUUUUUUAAAAACGAUUUGAAAAAAUAUGAUGUUCCUUUGUCGUGGGAACAAGCCAGAUUGCAGACGCAGAAGGAGCUACAGCUGAGAGAGGGACGUUUGGGAAUAAAGCCUUUUCAUCCUUCUGCAAACAAUUUUCCCAUACCAUUGCUUCACAUGCACCGUAACUGGAAGGGGAGCACAGAGUGUGGCCGAGAGGGGAGGAUUCCCCGCACAGAGGAUCUGAUGCGAGGAGCUUCUGCUGAGGAGCUCUUGGCGCAGUGUUUGUCGAGCAGUCUGCUGCUGGAGAAAGAGGAGAGCAAGAGGUUUGAAGAUCAGCUUCAGCAAUGGUUGUCUGAAGACUCAGGAGCAUUUACGGAUUUAACUUCCCUUCCCCUGUAUCUUCCUCAGACUCUAGUGUCUCUUUCUCACGCUGUUGAACCUGUGAUGAAAACAUCUGUAACUACUAGCCCACAGAGUGACAGGACGAGGCAGCAAUUGCAGCUGUCAGAGGCAACAGGAACGUGUCUAACCGAACGGCUAAAGCACCUGGAAAGGCUGAUCCGGAGUUCAAGGGAAGAGGAAGUUGCCUCUGAGCUCCAUCUCUCUGCGCUGCUAGAUAUGGUGGACAUUUGAGCAGCUGACCUGUGGGGAGGCGGUCUCUCCCAAAGAGUUUCUGUUUUUACUCAAAAUAAUGUUAUUCUCAGAUGCUUGAUGCACUGUUGGAAAUGUAAUUAUUAAUCAUGCAAAUAAACCAUUUAAGUGUCAAAGUC